AUGGAGGGCACCAUCGAGUACUGCGCCCCGGAGGUGCUGAGGGGGGAGCCUUUCUCGGAGAAGGCCGACGUGUACUCUUUCGGGGUCUGCCUGUGGGAGCUCCUGACCCGGCGCCGCCCCUACUCCGACCUUGAUAUACCCAUAUACCUGUUGAUCCUGAACAUCGGCAACGGCAGCCUCCGCCUGCCGCCCGUUCCCGAGGCGGCGACGCCGCCCGCGCUGCGGCAGCUGGUCGCUGACUGCCUGUCUUCCGCCGCCGCCGCACGGCCGGCGUUCCUGGAGGUGUUGGUGGUUCUGGAGGCGGAGCACCGGGCGGCGCGCGCCGGGGAGAGGGAGAGGGCGGCCGCGGCGGCGGCGGCGGCGGCGGCGGCGGGCGCCGGGGCGGAGGUGGGCGCCGGGGCGGCGGUGCAGCCGGCGCAGGGGCAGGGACGUGAGCAGCAGCAGCAGCAGCAGCAGCAGCAGCAGCAGCAGCAGCAGCAGCAGCAGCAGCAGCAGCAGCAGCAGCGGCAGGUGUCCUUUGGUGGGACCGGCCAAGCGAGCAGCUUCCCGCAGCCACAACCGCGGCAGGACGGCGGCGGGGGCGACGGCGGGGCGCCGGCGAUGACCUCACAGCACCAGCGCGCGGUCGCGGCGGCCGCAGCGGCCGCGGCAGCUGCGCGGCGGCGGCGGGCGCUGGCGCGAGCGCGGUCGGCGCCCGACCUGGUGGCUAAGGGGGCGCUCAGCCACGACAGCGAAGAGGAGGAGGCCGAAUCGGAAGACGAGGGGACGCGGGCCGCCGGCGGCGGCGACGUGAUGCCGCUGCUGACAGGGCACGCGGUGGCGAGCCUGGCAGCGGCAGCCAGCAACAUCAGCGGCGGCGGCGCCAGCUGCGGCCGCGGCCUUUGCCCUUGGGACGGCCAGCGCGCGCGGCGAGCCACGGGAGACCCGGCCGCCGGGCGCCACACGGCACCCGCGCAGCAGCAGCCAAGCGAUGCGUGGUCGCAGGCGGGUGGCGACGUGGGGGAGGAGUUUGCCGAGCGUGCGCAGGAGCGGCCGCGGCGGCGGCCGGCGGCGCGGCGAGAGCAGCAAGAGCAGCAAGAGGAGCAGCGUGCGCCAUGGAGCGAGAUGGCCGCGAUGAUCGGCGCUGCCGCGGUCGUGGCUACCUGA